UUUUCCAUUUUUAACCACUUAACCGUUUACACCGUUAACGUCCUACUCAACGGACGUGUGAUCUACCAAUAAGCUCACGGUUUUCACACGUAGACUGAAAAAGUCGGUCAACACUUCCUACUGCUGGCGUAGUGCUAAAAACAGCACGGGUUGUGAUACGGUUCAGUGGAUGUAUUCAUACCCAAGUAUGAGGCACUCUACGUAUAUCGGUGAAUUUUCUCGUUGGUUUUUGCCUAAAUUAUCCACAUGAAUCAAAAUAUAUGGCGUCGUCGGUUCCCCUAUUGCUCUGCCUCCAAACCGUAGCGAUUUUGUGCUCAGGUGUACUACAACAAGUGGAUGGGACCACCGACGAUGCCGUGGCGAUGAAGAUUGCCUUCUCUCAGGAGUCGCACCACCUGAUCGUCCAGAAGAAGAGUCAUGUGCUCUUAAACUGUUCUGUGACAGCCCCACCCGACAGCGGCAAGCUCCGCUUUGAGUGGUACAAGGGCCGCACACAGCUAAAUGUGAAAAACUUCAGGCCCUGGAUUCGCUUGUACCAGAAUGGAUCGUUGUACAUACGGCGUGCGAAGCCGCAGCAUGAAGGGAUCUACAGAUGCUUUGUGCGCAACAAUAUUGGCAGGGUCAUAGUGCGGAACGUUCGCUUAGAGCUUGCAAGCAUGGCAAAGAAUUUCUCCAUACAACCAUUACCUCGCGACGGGUACGUGGGAGGGGUCGCACGUUUUGAGUGCUCCAUCAACACUGUCCCGCCCCCCAUUUUUACUUGGCAGAAAGAUUCACAGAGUCUACCUCAAGAAGAAAAUAAGUAAGU